GAUACCAAGCUGCAGAUUGUGAUCUUCAACGUCGAGAUCUUCAACGCGCUCUUCAUCUCCACGUGUAUGCAAAACUCGCAGUCAAUGGGCACGAGUAUCACACUCAUUGCGGUGGAUCUGCUGCAGGCGGCCAUCUCGCUGCUCGACUUGUACCGCAUGGUGAACGACGUGAGGAACAUCAUGGACGAGCUCGGG